AUGGAGAAGCAGCAGGCAGAGGCUGAGACUCACUGUGAAGAAGAUAACCAAGAUGCCUCUGAGCCCGAAGCUAGAGCAGGCUGGAACAAUAAAAUCGAGUACUUUUUGGCUCAGGUGGGGUUCAGCGUCGGGCUCGGCAACGUCUGGAGGUUUCCGUAUCUGUGCCAUCAAAAUGGAGGCGGUUCGUUUUUGUUGCUAUAUGUGCUGAUGCUGCUGAUAGUGGGUAUUCCCUUGUUCUUCAUGGAGCUCGCAGCCGGUCAGGCUAUCAGACAAGGAAGCAUUGGAGUAUGGAAGUACAUCUCCCCCAGACUGGUAGGAAUUGGCUACUCCAGCUGUGUGGUGUGCUUUUUUGUGGCUCUCUACUACAAUGUCAUCCUCGCAUGGAGCCUUUUCUACCUCGGCAACUCAUUUCAGUCCCCUUUACCUUGGACGACGUGUCCAGAGAAGACAAACGAAACCGGUACAUGUUUUUACAAAUGUGAGGACAACUCCACUACGUCCUACUUUUGGUACCGGAAAGCCUUGGAUGUCACCAACAACAUAAAUGAAAUGGGCUCCUUCAACCCAUACGUUGUCGGCUGCCUGCUGGCUGCCUGGGCCAUUGUGUGCUUGGGAAUGUUCAAGGGGAUCAAGAGCUCAGUCAAGGUGAUGUAUUUUUCUUCCAUCUUUCCUUACGUGGUUCUGAUCUGCUUCCUCGUACGAGGUCUUCUCCUAGAAGGAGCCUGGGAAGGAAUCACUUUCAUGUUCUAUCCCAAGCUGGAGAUCUGGGGAAACAUACAGGUGUGGCGCCAGGCGGCCACGCAGGUCUUCUUCGCCUUGGGCUUGGGCUUCGGUUCCAUCAUCGCUUAUUCUUCCUACAACCCCAAAAGCAACAAUUGCCACCGGGACGCCUACACUGUCUCGUUUAUCAAUUUCUUCACCUCGGUGCUGGCCACCCUGGUGGUGUUCGCUGUGCUCGGUUUCCGCGCCAACAAGAUUGUGGCUGAGUGCGUAGUGAGAAAUGUUAACCUGCUGUUGACAGAGGCCCAAAAAGGGUCCAUGGACCCAAGCACAAUGCCGGUAUUUAACCACUCCGACACCGGUUCUUUGAGUCUGGAGGCAUACCGGAACUGGUUCAAAGUACACGGAAGUCACGGCCCGGUGAACUUUACUGACUGCGAUUUAGAAACUGAGAUGCAGAAGGGUGUACAAGGGACAGGCCUGGUUUUCAUCGUCUUCACCGAGGCCAUGUCCUUGUUGCCCGGCAGCCCGUUCUGGUCGGCGCUGUUCUUCCUCAUGCUUCUCAAUUUGGGCCUCAGCACCAUGUUUGGCACUAUGGAAGGCAUCCUCACCCCGCUCACUGACCGUUUCAAGACUCUGGCCAACAAUAAGACCAAACUCACAGUUUUCGGCUGCCUGGUCGGUUUCCUGAUCGGCCUGCUCUUCACUCAGCGCUGUGGGAACUACUUCGUCAUGAUGUUUGAUGAUUACUCAGCCACUUUGCCGCUCAUUAUUGUGGUCGUCUUUGAGAACUUCAGCGUUUCUUGGUUGUAUGGAGCUGACCGGUUCUUAGACGACAUAGAAGCAAUGCUCGGUUGGCGCCCAUCGGUGGCCUACAAGUACCUAUGGAAAUAUAUUUGUCAGCUAGCCAUGUUGGCUCUACUCGCAGCCACAACCAUCCGAAUGUUCAUGAAAGCACCGACUUACAUGGUUUGGAAUGAAGACAAGCGUUCAGAGCUUCCCGUACCGUAUCCCGGCUGGGCUCUGGCUGUCUUGGCGUUACUCAUCAUAUUUGCCAUGUUGCCCGUCCCAUUGGGCUUCUUCUACACUCUUGUGCGGGACAAAAUAUCAUCGGAUCAGUACACAAUUGUGAGCACAAAGUCGGAAACCCCCAUGACAGAAAUUGCACCUUCCAGCCAAUGGAAUGAAGACGCACAACACUUCGUCUUCAUGGAUCGUUUUCUUUCGCUUUUCCUGCUGCUCUUGCUGCCAGCAAGAUGCAGCCAGAGCCCCCUUUACACCCACCAAGACCCGGUGCCGCUCCCUCCACCAGCACCGAAACACAUCCCGGUUCUAUUACAGAACCAGGAGAAGACGAACCAUUUAAGUGCAAAACUACCACAGCCGGGCAACGCUAAGGUGGGUGUCUUCAUCGCGGCGGCAGUUGGGACGUGUACUCUGAUGGCGGUAGUGUACUGCAUUUACAACAAGUUCUACAACAAACAACCGUACCUGCAUACCCAGCUUCGGGAAGACCAAGAUCUGCCAAAUCCUCACCUGGACCUGCGACACGCUGGGUACGGCGCCCUUUCAGACACGCCCUCUGUCAUCUCUGCUCCCCCUUACUUGACCCCGCUCCCAUCCUCCAUGCCUUUCCCUUCAUUUUUAAGAUCCAGCUCUUCCGGUUCCUCUUCACGCUCCCUCAGAAGCAUCUCCGCUAAAGACCUGCAGCAAGGUUACAUCUAA